AUGGCUUUCAACUUUGGAAGCGUUACCAAUGCCAUGACCGGCGCUGCCGGCGGUGGCACGGGGGAAGUGACGCAGGGCAAGGACCUUGAGGUCAUCCAAACAGAGGGGCUUGGAUUUCUCUCCCUUGCUGGCGACGCCAAAGUCCAGCUCACCUCUAAAUGGUCACCGCCUCCUGCGCCUACAGCAUCGCUCCUCAGUAUUGCCUCUCGCAAAGGCUUGGUCGCCGCUGCUGGACCCGAUGCCGUUUACAUCGCUACGACAGAGUCUGUACGGAAAGCGUUCGAGGGUGAGAAGAGUGGCGAAAGCGACGUGCGGCCAUUCGCUCCUCAGGCAAAGGUGCCGCUUCCAUUUCGGAUCUCGCAGCUCGCCUUCACCGCGGACGAACAGUACCUCAUUCUUUCGGCGGAGGAAGGUGGUGGUCUUGCAGUAUACGAUGUCCAAACGCUCGUGCAGGGAGGAACGCAGUCUGCUUUCGAACUCAGCACAAAUGGCGAAACGCUGCGAGCCCUCGUUCCGAAUCCUAUGCCCGAGUCGGCUGGGCUCUGUGCAAUCGUCACGAACAACGGCAACCUCUUCAUGGCGAACCUGGCCGAAAGGAAGUUGAUGUCGGGUUCCAAUGGGCCAACCCUGCGCUCACAGGUCAGUUGUGCAGGAUGGAGCACCAAAGGCAAGCAGCUAGUCGCAGGUAUGGCAGACGGGUCGAUAUAUCAGAUGACGCCAGACGGUGCAGAGAAGGGCCAUAUUCCAAAACCGCCAAGCCUAGGCGACUACCACGUUUCUUCGGUCGCAUGGCUCGAGAACCACGUAUUCCUCGUAGUUCACAAUCCUACGAACAGUCAGGACCCGGCCGUUUUCCACUUGAUCACUCGACAACAGCCGGCUGGUGGUCCGCCCAGUUUCACCUUUCAGAAGCUCACCGAUCCAGUCAUGCCAUUUACAUUCGACAAGGUCCCUCACCAUACCAUCCUGAGGCUCAAGGACUUCCCCCCAAACCUACAGGAUCUCCUUCUAGUCUCAUCGACGGCUACGGAGGGUGUUGGCCUGCUCUCUCGGUCCAAGGCCCCUUUGGCGUCUGACAAGCCAGCCGAAGCCAUCACAAACGUCUUCACAACGACCGAGUUGGCCGACGAUUCCAAGCGAGCGCAACUGCCGAUGGGUGAAGACUACAACGAGACUUACCCAGUUGGGGCCGCACUUGACUUGUCCGCCAAGGAUAAAGUGUAUAAACCGAUUCCGGCUGACGAGAUCGACAUGUCCCCCGGCCCCUUGCCCGGCUUGUGGCUACUCAAUAACGAAGGUGUCCUGGCAUCAUGGUGGAUUGUUUACAACGAGUCAAUCCGAUCAGGCACGACGUACCCCGGCAUUGCUGCCGGAGACGCCACUCCUGCGGCCUUUGCAACUUCCGCUCCAGCCACCUCCACUCCUUCGGCUUUCGGAUCUUUCGCUAACAAGACUCCGGCAUCUGGAUCCCCGUUCGCUCCUACUAACAAGACUCCGACAUUUGGAUCCCCGUCCGCUCCUACGCCAGCUUUUGGGGGCCUUCUGCUCUCGGAGCCAAGGCAUCCCCCUGGUCGACGGCCGCAGAAGGUCUCUCCCUGGGCGUCGGGUUCGACUAGUGGUGCCGCACCAGCGUUUGGCCAAUCUGGGUUCUCUAACUCUGGGCUGAACACGGGGAAGGUCUUCGGUAGCGGCACUGCAGCACCCGCCACUGCUGGAUUUGCGAACUUUGCUAACAAAGGAGGCUUCGCCUCUCUGGGCGGUGCUUCUGGUGGGUCGAGCAUCUUCGGAUCUAAGCCUGGCGGUGCCUUGACAUCGAGCGCACCGGAGGUCUCCAUGGACACAGAUACAGCCUUCCCCCCUCCAAGUGCCAAAACUGACAAGCCUUCGCUUGGCACUUCGCCUUUCGUUCUCGGAACGACGUUCAAGGCGGAUCCAACCACGGCAAACGACAAUGAGAAGCCGAAAGAAGGGGCAGGCAAACCCAUGUUCGGAAGCGCGUUUGGGGAUAUGCUAGACAGCGCAUCGAAGCAACCAACUGCCCCUGUAUCGAAAGAGGAGGAUAUGGAGAGCACCACUCCGCCAGCGGUAGAAGAGAAGCCGAAGUCAAUUUUCAGCCCGGUGUCAACAACUCCAACCACCACACCCGCUCCGCAGAAGUUUGACUUUAAGAGCGCAGCUACUUCUGGGACCAGUCUCUUCGGCUCCAGGCCCGCUGGGUCUGGAGGCGUCUCUAACGUCUUUGGGGCUCCGAAGCCUGCCUCUGCCGACCUGUUCAAGUCCAAGCCGGCACCUUCGAUCUUUGGCACGCCGAAGAUCAAGCAGGAAAGCGAGGACACGGCAGAUCUAUCAAAGAUCCCCGAGGCGCCUCUCCCGCCUGAUACAACUAUCUCCAAGCCGUCCGCAAAAGCUGAAGAUGCUCCGCUACCGCCAGACUUCCUCGGCAAACCUUCCACAAAGGAAGAUGCGCCCGAAUCUGCGCCCUUGCCUCCUGAUUUCGUCUCUACCAAGUCUAAGGCCGAAGCAGGGGAAUCUAAGCCCCCGGUUGCUGACCAAGUCCCUGCUGUGCCUGAUAGUGCUGAAGAAGACUUAUCUGAAGAAGAAGCCUCAGGGGAAGAGAAUGAGGGAGAGGAAAGCGAGGGAGAGGGAGAGGGAGAGGAAGGCGAGGAAGGCGAGGAAGGCGAGGAAGGCGAGGGAGAGGAGGGAGAGGAGGGAGAGGAAGGCGAGUACGGGUCGGAGGCGGCUAGUGAAGGCAGCGGCGUUGAUGUUGCCAAGGACCUCAGCCCGACGACCGGAUUCGGCGGUCAGACUCCUGGAGCAACGCCGCAGAGCUCAUUUGGCGGGAUGGCGGGGAGCACGUUCUCAACCAUCUCCCGCAGCGAAGCAGAACCACCGAGGCCAUUGUUUAGUGAAAUCUCCAGAAACGCGCCGCCCUUAUUUCCAAAGUCGGUACCCCUACCGCAAAGCCCUCGUUCGCCCAGUCCGGUACGCGGGCCUCCACGAAGCAGCCUUCUCAGGCCUAGCGAACCAGCUCGGUCCUUUAGCGCGCCAGGGGCGGCACCCCAACCGCUGGGCAGAAAGGCUGCGCCUCCACAGUCCGCUCUAGGAUACAGCACCGGACAACGGCCAUCCAUCGAUCCGAACGUGCAAGCGCAGCGGAAGCUCGCACAGAAAGCGCAGGCGGAAGAACACGUGCUUGUCGACCCAGAGGACGAAGGGAUCAAGCGAAUGCUGCACUCAGAGCUCGAGCCGACCCUGCUACUGGAUGCAUUUUUGACUGUCGAUUCGAAGCUGGAGAUGCUGCAGAGGUCGGGUCAAGAAGUGCCCACGGCCUGCGAGACGCUCUGGAGAGACAUCAACCGCAUGAUCGACAGACUGGGCCUCAAUUCGCGAUCCCUGCAGUCAUUCAUUCUGGGACAUACGACGGAGCGUAAAGAGGGCGGCAGACACAAGCAAGAUCUCGAGAACGCAGAUGACUGGGUGCUGGUGGAGGCACAAGAUCUCGGUGCCGUAAUUGAUAAGGAAUUGGCACGGCCUCUCGAGAAGAGCCGCAUCAAAGACGUCGAGGGCGCUGAGUAUGCCAUACAGAGCCUAGCGAAGGACCUCGCCAAACUCCGCGCAAGGGAAGAAGAUAUCCGUAAGAUCAUCCGCUCAUACGUUGACCCGGACCAAGUUGCCGUCGCCAAAUCCCUACCCCUUAGCGCCGAACAAGCCACACAGCAGAACGAACUGCGCAGGUCGUACGCCAACUUCACCAAACUCCUCGCUGAAACCGAGGAGGCCCUGACGAUGCUCAAGACCAAGCUUGCGUCGGCGGGAGGCGCAUCCGGCAAGGCGCCCGUCCCGACCGUUGAGGCCAUCCUCCGUACAAUCAACAAGAUGACAAGCAUGGCCGAGAAGCGCAGCGGCGACGUCGAUGUGCUCGAGAACCAGAUGCGUAGGCUGCGUCUGGGCUCUGUAGGGCCCGGCGGCGGCAGCAAUGGCACACCCGGACCGCGCAGCCGCGAGGGCUCGCCGUUUGUCACGCCCCAGCACAGGCGGUCGGUCAUCAUGUCCCCCGAGCGCGGGAUGAAGGAUUCGGUGCUGGCGAGCUCGGUCGCCUCGUAUGCUGGCCGCAGCACGGGCACGCCGUCGCCCAGGAAGAAGCCGAGUAUGUACAGUGACGAGGAGAAGAGGGGUCUCAGGGCACGGGAGGCGAAGAGAAAGGGGACGCUGGCCAUGUUGAGGGCGAGUUUGGCAAGGGCCGGGCCGAAUGUUUCACGGUUGAGGGACGAUGAUUGA